AUGGAUUCAGACUACUACAACGUAACGGAUGUCGUAGCUGAACUGAAAGGUGCAACCCUGGAAGCGCCAGGCAUGGUCAAGAGAGACGGGGUGUACUGGUUGAUUGCUUCUCACACUAGUGGAUGGGCACCCAACCCGAACAAGUACUUUUACGCGGAUAGUAUCUCGGGAAAUUGGUCCAGUCAAGCCGACAUAGCACCGGAAGACACGAACACAUACUUUUCACAGAAUGCCUACGAUUUACCUCUGGGAACGAAUGCGAUCUACAUGGGCGAUCGCUGGGAGCCAGAUGUGCUUGGGAACAGCCGCUACGUCUGGUACCCGCUGAGUUGGUCGUCCGGUAAUCCUCAAAUCGUCUACGCCGACGUAUGGACCGUGGACCUUGACGCUGAACGGCACCACAUACUCUGCUUCCACAGGUACCCUGAGCGGAAAUGCGGAGCUCCUUGGUUCAAAUUACACGUAUAA